ACCCUCUUAUCUCCCCAUUAUAAAUCUCUGACAGUAUCCCUUUGAAAUAAAGCCCGAAUGUUCGCUUCGCUUUUGUCCAGUCCGGUGCCUCAUACGUCACGACGUCAUCGCGCUACAGUACAGAGUUUCCCAAAUGAUUACUUUCACUUUAACUAGUGAAGCAGAGGAACAAUAGAUCACUUUUAUUCACAUUCAUUUUAAGCAACAAAUUGUGAAAAUGAAGCAUGUCUCAAAAUUGCUCUCAUUGCUCACGUAUUUACUCGUGUAUGGUGCGUCUGUUGAUACAUACACAGUUUUUGUGAUGAAGGGUGAUUCAGUCACUCUAGAAUAUGGUAUUUACGUAGACCCACAAGAAGAUGAGGUUACUUGGACGAUUCAUGACUAUCUCAUCGCUAAAAGAGGUGGAUAUUUCAGAGAUAUCUGUACAGAUGCUCAAUGUAAAGAUCGUAAUGAGAGGAUCAGAGACAGACUGAAAUUUAAUCGAAAUGGAUCUCUGACCAUCACAAACACCACAAUCACAGACUCUGGAGAUUAUAGUAUAUCAGUCUCAUUCGGAAGAACUGGCAGCGGUGAAGGAUUCUACACUGUUGUUGUUCGUGGUGUUUUUAGUGUUGAUACAGACGGAGUGCCAGUGAUGGAGGGAGAUUCAGCCACUUUGUACAGUGGGGUUCAAAUAAAACAAGAAGAAUGGAUUAGAUGGUAUUUUAAUAAUAAUACUGAUAAUAUAGCUCGAAUCGCUGGAGAUCUCAGUUAUAACUCCGCUAUAUUCAAAUAUGAUCAGUGUAGUGAUUCUGGUAAUGAGAGAUUCAAAUACAGACCGAAGCUGGAGCAUCAGACUGCAUCUCUGACCAUCACAGACAUCAGGACAUCAGACUCUGGACUUUAUGAUCUACUGAUCACCGGCUUACACAGCAGCAGCAGCAGCAGUACCAGUACCAAGAUCUUAAUUGUUGCUGUUGAUGGUGUUCCUGCUGCUGAACAACAGAAAAUGAAGAGGAAGUCAGUGAAGGAGGGAGAAUCUGUCACUUUAGAUCCCGGUGUAAUAAAAAACCCAAAUAAUGUGAUGACAUGGCAUUUUAAUGACAUUCUCAUUGCUGAAAUCACUGGAGAUCAGAGCAAGAUCUGUACAGAUGUUCAGUGUGAUGAGAGAUUCAGAGACAGACUGAAGCUGGAUCAUCAGAAUAGCUCUCUGACCAUCACAGACAUCAUAUUCACAGACUCUGGAGUUUAUAAACUAAAGAUCAGCAGCCCCAGAUUCAGCAUCAUUAGGAGUUUCAGUGUUACUUUAACUGGUUUUCUCGGUUUUAGUUCAGAUGGAGUGUCAGUGUUUGUGAUGGAGGGAGAUUCAGUCAGUCUACACACUGAUGUUGAAACAAACCAACAAGACAGAAUUAGAUGGUAUUUUAACAACAUUCGCAUCGCUGAAAUCAAGGAAAAUCGCAGUUUCACCUGUACAGGUGUUCUGUGUCAUAAUGAUGGUACUGAAAGAUUCAGAGAGAGACUGAAGCUGGAUCAUCAGACUGGAUCUCUAACCAUCACAGACAUCAGAACCACAGACAGUGGAGAUUAUGAACUACAGAUCAACAGUAAUCAGAGUGACAACAUCUUAGGUGUUUCUGUUGAUGGUGUUCCUGCUGCUGAACGACAGAAAAUGAAGAGAAAGUCAGUGAAGGAGGGAGAAUCUGUCACUUUAGAUCCCGGUGUAAUAAAAAACCCAAAUAAUGUGAUGACAUGGCAUUUUAAUGACAUUCUCAUUGCUGAAAUCACUGGAGAUCAGAGCAAGAUCUGUACAGAUGUUCAGUGUGAUGCGAGAUUCAGAGACAGACUGAAGCUGGAUCAUCAGAAUAGCUCUCUGACCAUCACAGACAUCAUAUUCACAGACUCUGGAGUUUAUAAACUAAAGAUCAGCAGCCGCAGAAUCAGCAUUAUUAGGAGCUUCAGUGUUACUGUAACUGCUGCUGUAGCAGGAAUAAGUGCUAGUGCUGUUGUUGUUGGUGUUCUGCUGAUCAUUGCUGCAGCUGCUGGUUUAAUUUACUGUUGCCAGCGUCAAGCAAGAAGGAAAGUUGUUGUUCAAACAGGGACCAGGAGGCAGAGCAAUGAUCAGGGUUUAAUAUGGAGUUGGCCCACCCUUUGCAGCUAUAAGCAUGAUAAGAAUGAAACUUCUAAAAUUAGACUUGCUCAAUUGAAUGUGCGGUCCAUGAAUAAGAAAGCUGCACUGCUUCAUGAUAUUAUCCUCGAUGGGAAACUUGACUUUCUUUGUCUUUGCGAGACAUUGCAUCAUCAAAAUGACUGUUACAACCUUAACCAGGCCUCACCACCUGGAUAUACAUUCAUUGAUAGACCUAGAAUUACCGCUAAAGGUGGUGGUCUUGCAAUUUUAUAUAAAUCUGAACUGUCUGUUGCUCUAAUCACUACACCUGAAAUGUCUUCCUUUGAGUGUUUGGUCGUGAAAAUUAAUGGCAAGUCUCCUGUGUUAGUCAUACUUAUCUAUCGUCCUCCGAAGGUUAAUUCUGGGUUUUUCUCAGAACUUGCUGAAUUAUUGACUUUGUUGAGCUCUAAUUGCUCAGAUAUGUUGACAAUAGGUGACAUUAACAUCCAUGUUGAUAACCCAGACUGUUCUCAAGCAACUAAUUUUAUGCAUGUAUUGGAUUGUUUUAACUUUACUCAGCAUGUUGAUUUUCCCACUCACAAAUCUGGUCAUAUACUGGACUUAGUCUGCACUGUGAACAUAGAUGUAGAUCAAAUGAUGAAGUAUAUUUCAGUGAUCAUAAAUUAUUGACCUGUGAAUUUACCAUCUCUGCCUCUUUUAAAUCUUCCAAGGAUCGUAUCAUAACUUUUAGGAAUUUCGAAAACAUCGAUCCUCAGUUGCUCUCUAGCUCUAUUGCUGAGCUUCCUGUGACUGAUUCUGUGGACUGUUAUAACUCUGCACUAUCCUGUUUUCUUGAUGUUGUGGCACCUUUGAAAGAACGAGUUGUUUCUUUCACCAGGUCAUCCCCUUUUUUAUACUAAUGAAUUGCGGGCUCUCAAAGCCGAGGGAAGGAAGAUUGAACGCUUGUACAAAAAAUCUGGUCUUACUGUCCAUAAAUUGAUGUUCGAAUAGCAGCAAAUGAAGUAUCAUCUUGCUCUUAAAUCCACCAAAGAGGCUUAUUAUUCAAAUUUGAUUAAUGAUGGUGCAGAAAAUCCAAGAUUAAUGUUUAAAACAAUUAACAAACUUCUUAAACCUCAUAAUCAAAAUAUUUGCUCUUCUGUUGGGAUGUGUAACAAAUUCCAUAAAUAUUGUACAGAGAAAGUUCAAAAUAUUUAUAGUUCCAUGGUUAUUGGUUCCUCUCUGCUGUCUAAUGAGCCCCAUCCUACAAAUUCAUUUUCUAUCUUUUCUAAUUUCGCUAUUGUUAGCACAGCUGAUAUUUUAAAAUUAAUCAUGUCUAUGAAUUCAUCUACAUGCUCCCUUGACCCCAUGCCUACUGAGACAUUAAAAAAGUGCGUAACAUUCUUGUGUCCCUCUAUUACUGCAAUCAUUAAUAACUCUCUAUCUACUGGUCAGGUUCCUUCAGCCCUUAAAGUGGUUGCCAUCACACCAGUUCCUAAAAAAUCUGGUUGUGAUGUUGAAGACCUGUCUAACUACAGGCCUAUUGCACAUCUACCUUUUUUGGCUAAGGUUCUUGAGCGAGUUGUUGUUCUUGGCCAGUUGCAGCAACACCUGUCUAUUAACAAUCUCCUAGAACCGUUUCAGUCCGGAUUUAGAACAGGGCAUAGCACUGAGACUGCUCUUGUCCGGGUCACAAACGAUCUCCUCAUUGCUGCUGAUAUGGGGGUUUCUCAUGAUGUUCUUCUUGAAAGGUUGCGUAUAUGGGUCGGAAUCUCAGGUACUGCACAUGAAUGGUUUACAUCUUAUCUUACAAAUCCAUUUCAGUUUGUGAGUUUGGGGAAAAAUCAAUCUGAACCAACAUUAGUUCAACAGGGUGUCCCACUUGUCUGUACUUGGGCCCAUCCUGUUUAGUGUUUAUAUGUUGCCUCUGGGUUCGAUCAUUCACAAGUUUGGGUUAGGGUUUCACUGUUAUGCUGACGAUACACAGAUCUAUGUCAGCAUGCACCCUAAUCCAAACCUUGCAGUUACAACUCUUACCUCCUGCUUGGACGAGAAAAAAGCUUGGAUGCAUGAUAAUUUUCUUAAGCUCAAUGAGACAAAAACAGAAGUUCUGGUUGUCGGUACUCCAACGGCCUUGCGUAAAUUUAACAGUUCCAAUUUGAUUACUGGCAAUAACUUUGUUACUUCGUCUGCUCAGGUGCGCAAUCUUGCCGUUAUUUUUGACCCACAACUAUUGUUUGAGACCCAUAUCAAAAUGGUAUCGAAAACUGCAUUCUUCCAUCUAAGAAUAUCACCAGACUUCGACGUUCUUUAUCGCUGCCAGAUGCAGAAAGACUUAUUCAUGCUUUUAUUAUGUCGCGGCUUGAUUAUUGCAAUGCACUUUAUGUCGGUCUCCCAAACAAGUCUAUCAAGAAAUUGCAAUACAUUCAGAACUCAGCCGCCCAGCUAUUGACAUAUACAACUGCUCGAUUCAUGGGACUGCCCCUGCUUAUCUCUGCAGUCUAGUUGCCUCCUACACUCCAGGCCGUUCUCUCCGCUUCUCUGGGUCUUGUAUUCUUCAGCAGCCAGUAUAUAAUUUAAAGUCUAUGGGUGGUCGAGCUUUUUCUGUUUCAGCUCCACGUUUGUGAAACACAUUACCACCUGUGAUUAGAGACUCUCCAACACUGGACUGUUUUAAGAGCUCUUUAAAGACUCACCUUUUUAGAGCUGCUUAUUGUAAUUGAUUAUGACUUGUUUUAUUGUAUUGUUAAUGUUGUAAUUUUAUAAUCUGUGAUGUAGCGCUUUGAGUCUAAGAAAAGCGCAUUCGAAAUAAUUCGAAUUUCAACUUUUCUGGGAAGGCUUUCCACAAGGUUUAGGAGUGUGUUUAUGGGAAUUUUUGACCAUUCUUCUAGAAGCGCAUUUGUGAGAUCAGGCAGUGAUGUUGGUGAGAAGGCCUG